UAAAACCUCAAAAUAUUUUAUUUCACAAAGAUGAAGUUAAACUUACUGAUUUAUGUCUAUGUAAAGUUUUGGAUUUGGAUACAACAAGAUAGGAGUUAACAUCAUAAGGAUUAGGAACUUAUUGGUAUUUGUUUAAGAAUGUUUUAUGGAGUAACCUAAUGUACAAAUUAGUACAAAAGUAGAUGUAUGGUCUAUUGGGGUAAUUCUAAUUGAAAUGAUAUUUGGAAAAAAACCAUUCGGAGAAGGAAUAUCGUAAGAGAGAAUUGCUCAAGUAUAUAAUAAAUUGAUUCUCUUUAGGAAAGAGUUUUCUUAAAUUCUUUUUAAGUUAUAUUCCCUUUAUAAUCUACAGUAUCCCAAGAAUGUAAAGAUUUUAUUCUAAAAUGCCUAACCUAUAAUAUGGAAGCAAGAUGGAAUAUAACUGAAGCUUUCUACUCCAAUUAUAUAUAAUUAUGA